UGCAAAGCAAUGCUGUAGAGCAAAGCUUUUUUUCUAGAUAUGAUAUUAUAUUGGAGUCCAUAAUACUAAAGAAGACAAUUUUUACUUUAAGAGCACCUUAAAUUUGUUGAUAUAGAAAUCCCAAAGUUACCAAAACAAUAACCGCCCGCUUAGCUGCAUUUUGCAGCGCGUGCACGUGACGUCACCGGGGAGGCGCGUGCUCGUGGCAGUGUGCAGACGGACUCCAAUACGUCAUGACGCAAAGAGCGCGCGCACGCGGCUGUGUAUUUUUAUUUAUUUAUCUAAUUUAUUUAUCAGACGUGGAGAACAAGCGUGCAGUUAAAAUCUUUUUUCUAAUCCGGUUUCAAGAUGACAGCUAGACGAGAGACGGAGGAAGACUUCAUAAAAGAGGAACAGUUCAAAUUCUUGCACCGUUUCUGCCAAGAGACAGAAUUAAUGCCACAAAUGCAAAAACUGCAGGACGUGGAGGAUGUGCCCAGUCUUAACCCGGAUCCUGACACGUAUCCCACGCAGUGUUUGUGCUGUAAUGGCGAAGAUCAGCACACAGAGCGGACUCUGUUAAAGAGGUGUACAGUGAGACUGGUGGACUUCAGGAAGAUACCGGGUCUGAGUGCAAAAAUAAUAUCAGAAGGAAAUCUUCAUACUGGAGUUUCAGGUGAAUCCCACAUGUUUGAUGGAGACAAGCAAGCACUUCAGGCUCAGUUAAAGAUGAAUUCAGUGAGAUCAGCAGUGGAUUGUGGAAAAAUACAAAGCAGAAAAGCAACAGCUGAGAGACAGCCAGAAGAAGGGGCUUAUUAUCAUAAAUACAACCCCAGCAAUUUCAUUUCGUCCAGUGCGUCCAUCAAGUCAUCUUGCGAUCCAGAUCAAGAAAAACUUAUCAGAGGAGAGAGCCUUAGAGUAGAUAAGUUUGUAAGGAGUUCCUUUGAAUUACAUCGCUCAGGCAAAUGUAUUGCACCUCGUACGGGACAAAGGGCUUAUCAGUGCAGCCAGUGCAAUAAGAGUUUCAGUAGUUCAUCAGACUUUACAAGACAUCAGAAAAUGCAUGCAAGAGAGAAGCGUUAUCAUUGCACACAGUGUGGAAAAAAGUAUUUAAAAGGCUCAUAUUUGCGGCGGCACCAGAAAGUGCACACAAGAUUAAAACCUCAUAGCCGCCCUGAGUGCGGCGAGACUUUCACUCGGUCAUCAAGCCUUACAGUGCAUGAUCGAGUGCAUACUGGAGAAAAGCCCUACAUGUGCACACAGUGUGGAAAACAAUUCUCAAGCUCAUUAGGUGUUCGGAGACACAAGAAAGUACACAGUCAAGAGAAGCCUCAUCAGUGCUCUGAGUGUGGUAAACAGUUCCGAUGUUCCAACACGUUAAGGAUUCACAAGAGAACACACACCCAGGAGAAGCUCCAUGAGUGUUUCGAGUGUGGUAAACAGUUUGUACAUUCAUCAACCUUAAACCAUCACAAGAGAAUACAUACACAAGAGAAGCGUUUUCAGUGCUCAGAAUGUGGUAAACAGUUCAUACAGUCUUCGUCUCUUAAACAUCAUAAGAGAAUACAUACUGGGGAAAAACCAUAUAAGUGUUCUCAGUGUGAUAAGGCAUUUCCUCAUUCUUCAGCUCUUAUAGUACACCAAAGGCUACACACUGGACAAAAGCCUUACCACUGUGACCUGUGUGGAAAACAGUUUUCACAGUCAACACAUCUGCGAACCCACCAGAGGGUGCACACCGGAGUCAAGCCUUACAUCUGCGCUCAGUGCGGCAAGUCUUUCACUCAGUCAUCACAUCUUGCAGUGCACAAGCUAUUGCACACUGGACAGAAGCCUUACUGCUGCUCCACCUGUGGCAAAGGAUUCGCAACACCAGCCUACCUUAAGCUACACCAGAGAAUUCAUACUGGCGAAAAGCCGUACCAGUGUUCAGUGUGUGGAUGGUCCUUCACUCAGUCCCACAGCCUCAAAGAGCAUCUGGGAAAACACUGGAGAGAAGCCGUACCAGUGUUUCAAGUUCAGUAGAGCAUUCAGAGAGUUUGGCGACCUUAAAUACUAAACUUGGGAUGAACACUUUUCCCUUCAAAUUUGAGCUGAACUGUUCUCUUAAUGAAGGUCUCACCAGUCACAUGCUUCAUGUUUUUAUCUGGUACAGUAAGAUUAAGACUUAGCACUCCAAGAGAAUGGGCAAAAAUGAUUUGUAUAAUCAAUGAUUCAAAAUUUCAAACAAUAAGACAAACUGUUAUACUGUAACACAACUAAUUAGCAUCAGAAUCUUUUCAGUAGUAAUAUUUUCUCUUAAAACCUAUGUGGCAUAUUCAAAAUACAGUACUCUGCAAAAGUCUUAGGAACCAUACCUUUUUUUCUAUAAAUUUAGUCUUGCAUGUGGAAUUCAUGCAUACUGUAUUAGUGUGUCAUUAUAUCAGGAAAAGCGUUCCAUUAUUAUUUUCACAUAAAAGUCGGUGUUACAGAGAAAUCAUGGGUUUUAUUAAAUAAGAACCAUAUUAAGUAAUAUGUUAAAACAUCACUGAGGCUUUUCAGGAAUUUUACCUCCAAAGACAGAAGAACAGAUAUCCAAGAAGCCUGAAACAACCAACCAGGUGAUUUCUUUAGAAAACCGCACCACAGUGUAAAUUUUGGUUGAAGGCAUCUUUGUUUACUUUAGAUGUGACUUUUGCACAGAACUGUAUAUGCAAACAAAUUGUCAUGUCAAGACUGUGUUUUCAGCUAUAUUAUAUUUGAAUAAUAUAAAUCCCCAAAUCUUUAAGUUUAAAAUAUGAGCCAGUAGAUUAGGUUUAUUCAUUUAUGUAUUCAGGUUAUAUUACAUUUUGCUAAAAAAAUCUCUUUUAUUCAGUAAAAAAUGCAAUAAUAUUAUUUUGUGUCUUUGUUUGGAUUGAUUUAAAUAAUUACAAACAACUGGUUUAAUGCAGUUCUCUUAGAUUAAGCACUACAGGACAUGCUAUUAAAGAAGCAGAGGAAGGCAUAAAAUAUAUACAGCUUUAGUUAAGAAAGGAGCUUUUGUGCCAUGUCAUUAUUCACCUUGCAACAACCCAUCCCAAAGCUUCAUCAGAAUGGAAAUUCAUUCAGGACCUUAGACUAGUUGAUUCUCUGCACCUGCCAAGCAGCCUACUCCAACAGUUUAACAACUAGAAUAUAAAAGUUUAUUAUUAUUAUUAUUAUUAUUAUUAUUAUUAUUAUGUGAAUAAAAACAGUUUUUUCCUUGGAAGUGUAAUGGAAGCAAACAAUUGUAUAGGAUGUCUGUGUAUGCUGUAGCAUUACAAUUUCUCUUGCCAAGGUUGGAGUGGAAGAACUCGAGUGGCCUGCACAGAGCCCCGACCUCAACCCCUCCGAACACCUUUUUGAUGAAUCGGAAAGUCGACUGCAUGCCAGGCCUCCUCACCCAACAUCAGUGCCUGACUUUAUUAAUGCUCUUGUAGCUGAAUGAUUACAAAUCCCCACAGCCACUCUCCAAAAUCUAGUGAAAAGCAUUUCCAAAAGAGUGGAGGUUAUUAUAACAGCAAAGAGGGACUAAAUCUGGAAUGGGACGUUCAGCACGCACAUAUGGGUGUGAUGGUCAGGUGUCCACAUACUUUUGGCAAUAUAGUGUAUCUUAAUGGAUGUCAAAGGCUUUUACAGUCAAAUCCUGACAAAAUAGAACUAUAAUACAUUAAAAAAAACAGGGAAUACCUGCAUGAUAAGCUUGAUUUUCUGUCCCAAAACCCAGAAUCCCCACUAUACAAGUAUACGGAUAUUACUGAAAUAUUUCUUACCCCUGUAACAGGCAGCUCAACCACACGGUCACACACAUUUAUCAUUGUAAUUCCAAUAUAUAGUGUUCAUGAAUUUGUCUCCAACUUUUCCCUCUAUCUCAAGGGAUUACAGUGAGUGUUCUUGACAUAAAAGCUUUGAAAUCAGCAUGAAAACCGGAUGUUAUCACCAGAGCUACUCCUCAUUCAAGUUACCCAGCUAAAAUGUCAAAAGUUAGUAAAAAGGUAAAACACAUAAUAUUACACUCAUGUGCCUGUAUUUAGGGGCAGUCGUGGCCUAAUGGUUAGCAAGUUGUGGUCAUGGGUUCAAGUUUCAGGUACGGCAGGGAUUGUAGGUGGGGGGGAGUGAAUGACCAACGCUCUCCUCCACCCUCAAUACCACGACUGAGGUGAGACCCUUGAGCAAGGCACCAACCCCCAACUGCCCAGGUGCCGCAGCAAAAAAGGCUGCCCACUGCUCCAGGUGUGUGUGUUCACUGCUGUGCGUGUGCACUUGGAUGGGUUAAAUGCAGAGCACAAAUUCCAAGCACGGGUCACCAUGCUACAUGUCACUUUACUUCACUUUAUGUAUGAGUUGUAUUAAAAUGUUACCGCAUGGUCACUUAGUCACCAAACUGAAGUGACUUAAAAGGAGUUCACUGCCAGCUUCCAGUCAGUUGUGACCUAGAUUUAUCAGCAAUUUUAUCAAGAUAACUUGUUGUUUUACACCAAUUAUGAUAUAUUUAUAACAAAAAGAUGUAUAUAUCAAUAAAA